UGAGAGAGAGAUACAGAGCACGGGAACGUCAGAGUUGGAGGACAGAGUUGGUCCUGGUCUUUGCGCCCUGUGCUCAGAGCAGAUGGCAGCGCUCUCGUAGUGUGUUUUCUUCAGCUGCUGCAAGGCUGAGGGCAGCUGUACGCGCCGGAGGACCGAGAUGCAGAGCAUUGUGGGAACAGCAACCUCAGGAACAUGACCAAGCCACAAUUCCUUGUUGUUGGAUAACAAGACGGUACUCAGGAGAGAGUUCCUGGCAUCUUUAACAAACAAAAAAAAACACACACACACACACACACACACAGGACAUUUUCUACACUCUUGAGUGUUUAUGCUUGUGUUUGUGUGCGUGAGACCGUCUCGGACCUACGGGGAGUCCUGGAGUACUGUUACACCGAUAGCCACCCCUUAUGCAUGUUUUAUUUGCUGGGAGGAGAAAAGAGCCUUCCUUUGUCAUCUUAUACGGCUGUAGUCCACACACGCUCCCGUCAAGAUCGUCCACCCAAACACCAUCAAGUGCUCUUUGUUGGGUAAUUGUGCAGCUAAAACGAGAAAAAGGGCUCAAUCGAUCGUCAAAGAAAGGACUCAGCAAAGAAGAGCAGAUGAUCGACUUCUGAUCAAAGUGCCCUGGCAUUCAGACAACUCUUGGAGGAUUUUGAGAUUAACUUAACACCUCAGUUUCCUCUUGAAUCUUUAACAGUUAGCCUCUCACCUUGCCUGGAAGCGGGGAAGCAGCCGUUUAGCGUUUAACCGGUGAUCACAGAGGCAGGGGUGGUGAGCUCGGAGCAUGACAGACACCCUUCGGCCGCCGUCGCUCCAGGUGCACGUCCCUCGGGACGAGCCCGGCCACGGAGAAGAGGAGGAGGGCUGCGGGAGCGGAGGCGGCCACGACAGCCUCGUCUGGUCCAGCUCGUCCACCCCCACCCUGCGGCGCCGGCGCUUUAAGAUGAAACGAAUGAAAAAGCUGCCCAGCGAGCGGGAGAGGAUCGAGAACGGGCUGCUGCGGCACCCCGGAUCACGCUCGGCCUCCAAAGAGUACCUCCAGCUGCCCUCCAUCGAGAUCACGCCGUCCAGCGACGAGGACGCGGCCUGGUCCAACAGCUCCACCCCGAGCGCCUCGCCCCGGCGCAAACGCUUCCUGCUUCGCAAGUGGCUGAAGGUGCGAGAGAGGAAGGAGCAAGGCAGUGAGAGCAGCAGUCAGCAGAGUAGUCAACAGAGCAGCCAGCAGAGCAGCCAUGACGACGAUUCCAGCCGCUUCCUGACUCCCUUCAUCCGUGAGGACAGGGCUGACAGCGGGGCAGAUAAGUGUAGCACUGCCAGUAACUCUAACCGGAGUUCCCCCGCCUGCUCUCCGGUUCUGCGGAAGCGCUGUCGAUCUCCCAUUCUGCAGAACGUCGAGACGGACGCCAUGGUGGAGAAAGGCUCAGAGCAGUCCGACACCUCCAAGUCCCCCUCCACCCCUGAGCAGCUGGUCACUCGCACCUUCUCCGGUCAGUCCACACGCAGCGGGGGCAAGAACUCCAAGUCUCACAAGCGACUUUCCAAAUAUGACAGAUUAAACCUGAUAAAAAAAAGCCAGAGCUGGUACAACCAUGAGAGACAGCACAUUCUCAGAGUCCUCAGUCCCACAUACAAGCAGCGUAAUGAAGACUUCAGGAAGCUCUUCAAGCAGUUACCGGACACAGAGCGCCUCAUUGUGGACUACUCAUGCGCUCUCCAGCGGGACAUUCUCCUGCAGGGUCGCCUCUACCUCUCCGAAAACUGGAUCUGUUUUUACAGCAACAUCUUUCGCUGGGAGACACUGCUUACAGUUCGGCUGAAAGACAUCUGCUCCAUGACAAAAGAGAAAACCGCUCGUCUGAUUCCCAAUGCCAUACAGGUGUGCACAGACACUGAGAAGCACUUUUUUACAUCGUUUGGUGCAAGAGACCGGACUUACAUGAUGAUGUUCAGACUUUGGCAGAACGCACUGCUGGACAAGCCUCUCUGUCCUAAAGAGCUCUGGCACUUUGUACAUCAGUGCUAUGGAAAUGAGCUUGGCCUAACCAGCGAUGAUGAAGACUAUGUGCCUCCUGAUGAUGAUUUCAACACAAUGGGAUACUGCGAGGAGAUCCCAGCGGAGGAGAACGAGGUCAGUAACGAUAACUCAUCCAAGAGCAGCAGUGAGAACAAGCCAGAAAACAGUUCUCCUCCUUCACACAAGAGAUCCAUCACACACUCCACCAUCACCUCCACCACACCUCCCAGCAGCACCGAUACGCCUCUGUCUUUUGACAUUGCAGCUGAGGAGUACACAGACUGCCUUCCUGAUGGAGACCUGCUGCCGCUGCCUCUGCUGGCCGAGGAGAGGAACAGCGAGCCAGCCAGUCCUCUGGAUCCGGUGCCGGCCCCUGCACUCGACUUCAACGACAACGAGGACAUACCCACUGAUCUCAGUGACUCCUCGGAGACAGAUGACGAAGGGGAUGAGGUUCAAGCAUUCCACGAGGAUCUGAACGGCCGUCAGUACAUUAACGAGGUGUAUAAGUUCAGUGUUGAUAAGCUGUACGCCAUCCUCUUCACCGAGUCCCAGUUCAUGACAGACUUCAUGGAGCAGAGGAGAUUCACAGAUGUGGUGUAUCAUCCUUGGAAGAAGGAAGAUGCUGGAAAUCAGACCAGGGCCAUCAUGUACACAAUUUCCCUGACCAACCCACUUGCUCCUAAAACAGCUACAGUCACAGAGAAUCAGACUCUUUAUAAGGCCAGUCAGGAAAGUGAGUGCUACAUCAUCGAUGCAGAAGUCAUCACUCAUGACGUACCGUACCACGACUACUUCUACACCCUAAACCGCUACAUGCUGACACGCGUGGCCAAGAACAAGUGUAGGCUGAGGGUUUCUACAGAGUUGAGGUACAGGAAACAGCCAUGGGGGCUGGUGAAGGGCUUUAUUGAGAAGAAUUUCUGGAGUGGCCUAGAUGAGAACUUCAAAAGCCUUGAACUGGAGUUAGGCAAGAUGGAGGAUGCUCUAUUGGAAAGCCACAGACUGUCUCCUAAAGCUAAAGCAGUCAAGAACUCCACCUUAAGGCGGAGAAAAAGACCCCCUGCCCACCUGCGCACAGCCCAUCUAGAUGAGACCCUAAGUCCUGUGACCACACCAACAGACGAGGAGGUCAUCCACCGCAUCAAACAUGUGGCAGGCUCCACUCAGACAAGACACAUUCCUGAGCACACACCAGGGGGUGGGAUUUUCUGCAACCUCUCUAAACCACUACUCAUCAUCAGCUUUGUGAUCUGUAUAAGUUUGGUGCUACUGGUGUUUUUGAAUGUGAUGCUGUUCUACAAACUCUGGAUGCUGGAGUAUUCUGCACAAAGCCUCACCAGCUGGCAGGGCUUGCGCUUACAUGAAAGCAGUAAACUGCCGCAGACGCAGAUGGAAUGGGCGCAGCUCCUAGAGUCCCAGCAGCGCUACCACGAUGCCGAGCUGCAGAAAUGGAGAGAAAUCAUUAAAUCUUCAGUACUGUUAUUGGAUCAGAUGAAGGAUUCCUUACUGAGCCUACAGAAGGGUGUGGGUCUACGAGAUUACAGCUCAGACUCAGACGAGAAGAGGAGUCGAUAUUACUGACACUCACCCUCCAGGCCACCAGGGCGCGCUGUGCAAUGUAGAGCCACUUAUGAGAACAGAAGGCAAAAAAAAAAAACAAAGGGCCCAAAUGUGCGUGUAUGACUAUGCAUACUAAACAAAAGAGACUUGAUAGAGACCAGAAGAAGAAGAAAUGGACCAGAAACUGCCAUCGGCCAAUCCAAGUUGGACAGCAAGCCCGCAGGAAGUGAGGUCACGUCUGUCCCAUGGGAUUGUGGGGUGGCUAGAGUCCAGACGGGCUCAUCACUGUUUCAGCUUUCUUUCAGGUUCUCUUUCUGAGGAUGCUAUUGUUUGCAAAGGAACGGAAUGGACCUGAGGAAGAAAAAAAAAUGAAGAGCAUGCUUUUUAUUUUUUAUUUUUAGCCCUCCUUUCUUUCGAAGUGUUUUUAUUGGUACAGAGAAUGAGGGAAAUGAUCUUUUAGCUUGAUUUUCAGCUGUAACGGCACAGCUGCCCUGUCCCUUUUCCUACUCGUGAGAGUUUUGCACAGAAAGCAUCAGUUCACUCGUGCUCUAGCAUCAAGGCUGGUUUCCUUGAUAAAUCCGUAUUAGAAAGUCUAACUAGUUUCCGUAAAAGGGCCGCUCGCGCUAAAAACAGAGACCUUACAUUUCUGUGAAGCGUUAACCAUUAUGCUAAAGAGAAUUUGCACCAGAGAAAGACUGAAAAGGGACACCGCAGCCAGAAAGACGGAUAAACAUUGUUAGUUUUUGAUUACUAAACUGUGAUAUCUCCUGAUUUAUUUGAAGAUGUAGGAAAUAUAUGAAUAUGUUUGAAAUAUAUACUUUAUUCAAUAUUUAAUAUAUAUUUCAAUAUAUAUAUAUAGAGGUCAUCGCAGAUAUUUAUUGUUAAUUUAUGUACAUAGAACACUUAUCAAAGCUCUAGAAGGAAAGAGUUUAUAAUUAUUAAACUGCGUUUUAUUGGGUGACACGCACAAGCACGUUUGAGACGUGUCCGUGUGAGCGCGCGUGCGUGUCGUAAGUCGAUCUAUGUCUAUUUUUGGUGAAUGUAACCGUGUUCGCGUGACGUUUGAAAUCAUUCCACUUGUACGUCUUGUGUCUUCCUCCCGGCACAUGAAGCCAAACUGCCUUUUUCUUGCCCAGCAGCUCAGUCCACUGGGCAUCUGUUUACACAUCCGCCUGGCUUCAGAAACCCGAGCGCCCCAGCUCGGCCCGAACACACACACACACACACACACACACACACACACGCAUGCUUUCUCUGCUGUGGCACCACUCCUGUUUAUUUAGCACGAGGUGAGAGUCUGGACCGGGAAGCACUGCAGGAAAGGCCCUGGACUCGCUUUGUGUUUUGAUUGAACCGACGGCCCGUAUUUUCUCAUUUUCAAAUCAGUCGAAUUCAAGGAAAGUUACGCGAGGUGGCAAUGACAUAUAUUUUUUUUUACAGAGCACAAGUGCUCUCGCCUAUAAACCAAAUAUAGUAUUUAUAGAUGGUAGAAUUUAUAUAUAUAUAUAUAUAUAUAUAUAUAUAUAUAUAUAUAUAUAUAUAUAUAUAUAUAUAUAUAUAUAUAUAUAUAACACUGAAAUGCAACGAUACCCUUUUAUGCAGACAGAGGACAAUGUAAAAAAAUAUAUAUAUAUAUAUAUAUAUUAUCUCAUGAAGAGAAGUGGCACUUUACGUCCAGGCGUUGUUGGACAAAGUCUGAUAAAUGAAAUAUAUGUUUGCCGGCACAUUGCUGGUGGCACAUAUGAUAAUAUUCCAGCUACAAACCACAUGGUAUUGUAUUGAAUGUAUUUUUUUUGUCCAGAAAGGAAUCUGCUGUCAUUUGAAUCAUAAUUCAGCUCUUUGGAAUCCAAUGGAGUUUUUUUUGGGGGGUUGGGUUGGAUCUUUUGAAUCUUUAGUGUUGCUCUGUGCAGUGUUUGAAGUCGGCAUUUUAUUUCCAGGAUGCGUUUGAACUACUGAGUUUCUCCUUACUGGUUUAUUCACUGUUAAAUUUGGCAUUAGAGUGCAUUCUGUAUAGGUUGUCGGGUGUGUAUUCUGCAAAUACGGUUUUGAUUUCUCUUUUUUUUUUUUUUUUCACUAUGUGUGUUUUUAGAAAAGAAGAAUUGCUCAUGGUUUGGUAUUUUAAAAGCUGAAAAUGAAAUCACUGUCACAAUCGUGUUCACUGUACUGUAUGUGUGUACGCUCGUGCGGAUGCCGCGCGUGAAACCGUGUUUAAAUUUCUUUUCUUUGUGGACCUCCACCCAUUGUCUCCCGCUACGCGAGUAAACUUCUACUGACUCCACCAGAGCAAAAAAAUGAUUUAACCCUCGGUCCGAUUGUUUCGCUCAUAUGCAGUGACUUCUCGUGAUGUAUCUGACCAAAGAUUUGAGUUUGCAUUUUGCAACUAAGAAGUGUGUUGCCGUUAUUAGAGAUUUGGCUUUUUGAGAUGAUGUUGAGCGCUUGUGAUCAAGCAUUCGGACGGUGAAAGUAAAAAAUCAUAUCACGCAUCGCUCAUUAGACUGUGCUAUAAGGUUUUAGUGAUGUCACUUCCACUGUACCUGUGCUGUAGUUCCACGAUCGUCAUGACAACUGUAUCCAGCAGCAACCUGUCUCACAAAUCAACUGUUUGAUUUUCUUGAAACUGUAAUAAUUGAUUUCCGUUGAUGUCUAUUUACGGCAUCCCAUAACUUAACUGGUGUAGCAGUGACUUACUGUAUUUUUUUUUUCUCUUCUUUUUAGAGCUGUUUUUAUCUCUAGAUCAGGCCGAUUUGUACAUGUUUCCAUAUGCACUGUACGUAUAAGACGAUAUGUGCAGUGUUCGCUGAAAUAUAGGAAGCAAAACUGUGCUGUGCGCGGUUUUCGAUUUUUUCCAACAAAUUUGUCUAAUAGAGACUCUGAUUCAGUGGCUCUCUGAUCUAUGUGAAGUAGACGGAUUACGAAUAAUAAGAAGAAGAAUAAAACAACACUGGAAAAAAAAAAAAAA